UGUAUAGUUUGCCUCGGUACUAGUAAGUGGGCGGCCAUUUUGUUGUAGCCUCAGAGAAAAAAAUGACUCUUGUUGUAGCCCAAAUAAACUUCCUGGAGGGGUGUCGGUCGAGGAGACGGUGCACAUGGAGGAGGAGGAAAAAAAGAUGACGCAUAAUAAAACUGAAAUUAAGAGAGAGCCGUAUGUGAUGGGUGAUGACGUCCCUCCAGGGAUCAGCACAGACCCCGGAGACACCAGAUACACUCAGAGAGACGUCAAAGCUGAGGAGGAGGAGGAAGAAGUAAUACGUGUGAGGAUAAAAGAGGAGGAAGUUCCUAUAGAGAUCAGCACAGAUCCCGGAGCCGCUCAGAGAGACGUCAAAGUUGAGAAGGAGGAAGAAGGACGUGAGAACUUACAGAGGAAGGAUGUUCUGGAGAUCGGCAUAGACGGACAAUACAGAACGUCGGAUGGUCAGCCCUCAUCGAAGAAACCUUUCAUGUGUUUGGAGUGCGGGAAAUUCUUCGCUCGGAAAUACAGUCUUACCGUCCACCAGAGACUUCACACCGGGGAGAAGCCCUUUGCCUGUUCGGAUUGCGGGAAGCGCUUCUCCGAUAAAUCCAAUCUCAACGAACAUAAAAGAGCUCAUUCCCCGCAGGAGUCCUUCACGUGUUCCAAAUGCGGACGACAGUGUCAUACGUGGCGGAUCUUAGUCACGCAUCAGAGGGUUCAUUCAGGUGGAGAAAAAACGAUUGAAUGUACUAAAUGCGGUCAAACUUUUUCAAGGAGACAGCAUUUUAAAAGACAUGAGAGGAGAGGCUGCAACAUGGGCUGAACUGCGCCAAACGUGCGUAACUGUACAUGCGCCAGGGGGGUGUUUACUUGAAUCGUCUUUUACCGCUUCCUACCCGCCGGACGACUAUAAACGUCCUGUCUUUGAAGAGGAAUACCGGGGUUAUGGUAGCAGCUAGUAGAGCGGGCGGAUCUCUUUCAGAUGAAAGUGGUCUCUGCGGCGGAUUCGCCUCAAGAUCACUUUUAUCGGUGGCGGGAGAGGGCCCCCCCCUUUGCAGCGCUCCGGUGACCUCCGCCGCUCACCGUGGCCAUCGGUAACGGCGGAGGCGAUCGGAACAUGUCCCUUCUGUGACACGGAGACGAGUGAGGGGAAGAUGGCCCCCGGGCCGUCUCCCAAGUCGUUGCACGUCAAAACGUAGCUCUUAACCACUGGCUCACGUACAUAUACGUCGGCACUUUAAAGAUGGAUAUCUCGGUAACGGCAGCGGCCGCUGCCACCUAGGGCUUGCGCGAUUCUGGUCAAAAUGAGAAUCACGAUUCUUUUGCUUAGAUUAAUGAUCACGAUUAUCAACAACUGAAUGCCAGAACCCCCCCCC